AUGCGCGCUACGUCCACCGCCUUUUGGCGUUGCGCUCUCCUGCUGCCCUACGUUUGGGCCCAGGAUUCUGCGCACCCCAGCUCCGCCAGUGUUGCACUCAGUAGCAUUUCUGUACUCAUCCCUACAGUCAGCUCUGCCCUUUCCACGGCACCUCUGAGUUCGACCACACCAGAUAUUUCUGCAUCUAUCUCUUCCUUCUUUUCAUCCGCGUCAUUGCCAGUUACGUCGGAGCUUGUGCCUCCGUCAUCGAUCAGCUCAGCAAUCUCUGCAUCUUCAGCAGCUGCAACACCUCAAGUCACCGAGCCUCGUAGUAUACCCCCUAUUACAUCCUACACAUUCUCACCUUUCCCCGUACCUUCUGAUGUUCCUUUGCCCCCCGUAUACCCAUCCGUCGAUCCCAGCAACCCACCCGACGUGGAGGACAGUCUGACCGUUAUACCUGACUUCGGUCCUGCGUGGAAGGCGGCUUAUGCAAAGGCGAAGGCAAAAGUCGCUGGAUUUACAUUAGAAGAAAAAGUUAAUGUCACCACUGGUGUAGGCUGGCAGGGUGGGCGUUGUGUCGGUAACAUUGCUGCCAUAGAACCCGCUCGAGGUCGUGGGUGGCCAGGUUUAUGCUUGGAGGAUUCACCACUCGGGGUGCGUUUCGGAGAUUUUGUUACUGCGUUCCCCGCUGGUAUCAAUGCUGCAGCUACCUUCAAUCGCCGGAUAAUUCGCGCGCGUGGGUUGGCCAUGGGCCAGGAACACAAGGGAAAGGGAGUCAACAUCGCAUUAGGGCCCAUGAUGAACAUGGGACGUUUAGCCGAAGGAGGCCGAAAUUGGGAAGGGUUUGGAGCAGACCCGUUCCUGACUGGUGAAGCGGCAUUCGAAACCAUUUUGGGUAUGCAACAGGGAGGUGUUCAGGCGUGCGCGAAACACUUCAUUGGAAACGAACAGGAACAUUUCAGGACCAUAUCGAGCUCUGAUAUUGACGAUAGGACAAUGCAUGAAAUUUAUGCUCAUCCAUUCUUAAGAAGUGUGAUGGCUGGUGUUAGCAGUGUGAUGUGCAGCUACAAUCUUCUCAACGGUACCUAUGCUUGCGAGAACGAUAAGGUCCUGAACGACAUACUGAAACGGGAGUUCGGAUUUCAAGGAUUUGUUAUGUCCGAUUGGUCUGCUCAACACACCACGAUAUCCGCCAUAACUGGUCUGGAUAUGACAAUGCCGGGAGAUAUCACAUUCAACUCUGAGACCUCGUACUUCGGUCCCAAUCUGACGGACUAUGUCAACAACGGAACCAUCCCUGAAAGCCGCGUCGACGAUAUGGCCACGCGUAUCCUCGCGUCCUGGUACCUCCUCAAACAAGACCAGCCAUCAUACCCAGCGACAAACUUUAACGCAUUCAACCCAGACGACGAUGCAACCAAUGAACGCAUUGAUGUUCAGGAUGACCACGAUAAAAUUGUCAGAGAGAUUGGCGCUGCCAGCGCAGUGUUGCUCAAGAAUGAGAGAGGCGCGCUACCUCUUGGUAAGAAGGACAGAAGCAUCGUGCUGGUUGGCAGCGGUGCUGGCCCUGGAAAGGCAGGUCCGAAUGAAUUUUCUGAUCAGGGAGGUUCUGAUGGUGUCCUUGCCAUGGGCUGGGGUUCAGGAACUGCCAAUUUCACGUACCUUGUUACCCCUCUCGAUGCAAUCCAAUCGAAAGCCCGGGAGUUCCACUCCAGUAUUUCUUGGUUCUUCGAUGACUUCAACCUCCCUCGCGCUGGAAAUAUGGCGAAGAAGAGAACGACUGCUCUUGUUUUCCUCGUUUCUGACAGUGGAGAAGACUACAUCACUGUUGACGGAAAUGAAGGUGACCGUAAAAACCUGACAGCUUGGCACGGAGGUGAUGCCUUGGUUCAGGCAGUAGCCGCUCAGAACAACAACACCAUCGUCAUCGUGAACAGCGUUGGGCCUCUCAUCCUCGAGCCAUGGAUUGAGCACCCUAACGUGACUGCUGUGGUAUGGGCAGGACUUCCAGGAACUGAAGUCGGCAACGCCCUCGUAGACGUGCUCUACGGUGCUUGGAAUCCGUCUGGAAGGUUGCCUUACACUAUUGCCAAGAGCGUCUCCGACUAUCCUGCCCAGGUUAAUCUUGGUGGCAAUAAUCGUGAUGUUCUCGCAAUCCCAUACACAGAAGGGUUGAACAUUGAUUACCGACACUUUGAUUCGUUCAACAUUACUCCUCGAUUCGAAUUCGGAUUUGGAUUGAGUUAUACGACAUUCGCUUAUAGUGGUCUUAGCGUAUCCAAAAUUGCAGCCGAAGCGACUCCAGCAGACCAGCCUUUGAUCAAAGCCUGGGAGAACGGCAAUGCCACACUGAUCGGUGAAGGUUCUUCAAGGGCUCUAUGGUUACAUCGACCAGCAUACCAGGCUAAAUUCCAAGUCAAGAACACGGGAUCUGUCUUCGGUGGAGAUAUUCCUCAGUUAUACAUUAACUUCCCUUCAUCGUCAGGAGAGCCGCCUUCUGUCUUGAGAGGGUUCACGAACGUUGAAGUUUCCCCUGGGCAGAAGACCACCGUUACCAUUACACUCUCACGAUACGACCUAUCAAUAUGGGACGUUGAGCGCCAGGGAUGGGCGAAACCUGCAGGCAAGAUCGGCGUUUCCAUUGGCGCUAGCAGCCGAGAUAUCAGACUGAGAGGCACAGUGCCAAUUUGA